UUUCACUCCAGAAAUUAAUGAUCAUGAGCUCGUAUUUGAUGGACUCUAACUACAUCGAUCCGAAAUUUCCUCCUUGUGAGGAAUAUUCACAAAAUAGCUACAUCCCAGAACACAGCCCUGAAUACUACAGCCGCAUGAGAGACACUGUCUACCAGCAUCACCACCAGGAGUUGUAUCCUCCGCGAGUUUCCUACCAGGAGCGCCCGUAUAACUGUGUAAGCAUCCCCGAGCCCGAGCCCGAGCCCCAGACUGGCCAUGGGCUUACACACUCGGGGAAUCUUCUCGCGGGGAAGGCACAGACAGCUCCACGUGAGCCCUUGCCACCGUUACCCACAUCCCCUACGAUCCCACCGACUGCGCCGCCUACCUGCAUCCAAGCCACCCCGGAGCAUCCCAUCAGCUCUACCUCGUCUAAGCAGCCUGUAGUGUACCCAUGGAUGAAGAAAAUCCACGUCAGUACCGCGAAUCCUAAUUACAAUGGAGCAGACGCAAAGCGGUCCAGAACAGCUUACACUCGCCAGCAGGUCUUAGAACUGGAGAAGGAGUUUCACUAUAACCGCUACCUAACUCGGCGAAGACGCAUCGAGAUUGCCCACACCCUGGUUCUCUCCGAGCGCCAGAUCAAAAUUUGGUUUCAGAACCGAAGGAUGAAGUGGAAAAAAGACCAUAGGCUACCCAACACGAAAGUGAGAUCCUCCUCCAACACUAGCGUUAUCUCCGGGUCCAACACAGCGUCAACAACAGCCAGCACUCUCCAGCGUGCGGUGGUCUCCAACACUGUGCCAGCUUCGGAGGAACUCUCUCGAGUGUCCGUAGUCGAAAGAAACCAGGAUAUUACAAGGUUAUAGACAAACAAUAAUAUCUAACAAAUAGGAAGAAAAAACAACGGAUUAUUUAUUUAAAAAAAUACAUAUUAUUUUUUAUAUAUUUGUUCCUCGUAGUGUUCUUGUGCGUAAACGGGGUUUUCCUCUCAGUCCACAGUUAUUCACGAUUGCAUGUUACAUAGCAUGGAUUACUGUAGAUAUCAAUGCAUUAUUACGGUUAUCAGGGUUAAUUUAUUUAUGAUAGAAAUUGUUACAUUUUUUUGUAAAACAUUUUUGACAACAAUAAUGGACAUUAUCAAUGAAUUUGAAUGUCAAUAGAUCUACAUGCACAAUAGUUUUAUUUAUUCUCUGAAAAAGAAUGGUAGGGUAAUUUAUUUAUUUUUUAAUCUCAGAAGUGACAGUAACAAUAGCAAGUAUACGUACCAUUAAAACGAUAUAUUGCAAUAGCCUACAUGUGAAUCAGUGAAAUGUUGUGAAUUAUUUUUCAGCACAACCUCUUAUCGGGAAAAGUAAAUCUUAGGUAAUGAGUGUAGUGUGUUUUGUGAUGACUUUUCUGUGAUUUAGCUUUAUUUGAAUUGAUCAGAUGCAACAAAAUACGUAUAGUGUAUUUGUGAUAAUCGCAGUGGUCAAUAAAACAGUGUCGAGUA